ACGGGGUGAUCGCAACUGUCGUGUCUCCUUCACUUCGCCCUCCAGCCCGGGAGACGCAUUGAGGUGGUGACCAUCCAAGGGAAAGCCGAGAAAGUGUCGGUUUGAGCACCCUGUGACAUCGAAUACAUAGGCAAAAUGGCUGUACCUCCAUCAUAUAGUGACCUGGGCAAAUCUGCCAGAGAUAUCUUCAACAAAGGAUAUGGUUUUGGGCUGGUAAAGCUUGAAGUAAAGACAAAGUCAGCAAGUGGAGUUGAAUUUACUACAUCAGGCUCAUCCAACACUGACACUAACAAAGUUAUUGGAAGUUUGGAAACAAAGUAUAAAUGGGCUGAAUAUGGUUUGACCUUCACAGAGAAGUGGAACACAGAUAACACACUUGGAACAGAAAUCACAAUAGAAGAUCAGAUUGCAAAAGGCUUGAAGCUGACCUUUGACACUACUUUCUCACCAAAUACUGGCAAGAAGAGUGGAAAAGUUAAAACUGCAUACAAACGGGAAUAUGUCAACCUGGGCUGUGAUGUUGACUUUGAUUUUGCUGGCCCUGCAAUUCAUGGUGCUGCUGUUGUUGGCUAUGAAGGUUGGCUUGCAGGAUACCAAAUGACAUUUGACACUGCUAAAUCCAAAAUGACCCAAAACAAUUUUGCGGUUGGCUACAAAACUGGAGAUUUUCAAUUACAUACUAAUGUUAAUGAUGGCUCUGAAUUUGGAGGCUCUAUCUACCAAAAAGUCAGCGAUAAACUUGAAACUGCUGUUAAUUUGGCCUGGACUGCAGGAAGUAACAGCACACGUUUUGGCAUAGCAGCCAAGUAUAAGUUGGAUUCAACUGCUUCAAUAUCUGCUAAAGUAAACAAUUCCAGUCUGAUUGGAGUAGGGUAUACUCAGACAUUGAGGCCAGGUGUAAAACUUACUCUGUCAGCCCUGGUAGAUGGCAAGAGCAUCAAUGCUGGUGGGCACAAACUCGGCUUGGGUCUUGAGCUGGAAGCUUAAGAGGCCUCACUAACUGUUCAGAACAAUGGAGUAUCAGAAGAACUUGGCCUUAAUUGUUUUACCAACAUGACCAGCAGGGGGAUUUUGGAAAGGGAUUAUGGAUUGCAACAGGAAAAUCUGCUCCUUUUUAACACUUUAGACUUUGCCUGGUAGCUGGUUCUGGUAUAAUGGUUUCUAGUUUUGAUGCCUGUAGUAGCUCCGCUAUUUAUCCAUUUUUGUGUAUUUUACAGCUGUCAUUGUAUUGAAAUACACCUUUAUCUCAUGGUAACUUUGAGUGCAUGUUUUGUUUUUAUUGACUAGUAUGUCCAGUGAGUGCAUGUGUUGAGGGGGUUAUUUCAGUUUUCUGCAGCAUAGAAAAAGUGGGCUCAGAAGGUGAAUGGAUGGAUGAAUAUUUAUUUUUUUAGUAUUCAUAAGCAUUGAACCAAGUGGAAAACAAAACCUUUUUUAACUUAGUAGAUUGCUAUAUGUAAUUUUGUUUUAGCUGUUGUUAAAUUUGAAUUCUCCUGUGCCAGCUAUCAGGGCUUCAUGAAAAUAGAAUUACAAAAUUAGACUGCACAGUUACAAAAAAUUAAUCUGUGAAGUUGCAGUCUGUCUGAAACCGAGCUUUACUGUUGUAGAAUCGGAAUUGCUUUGUUCAAGAUGGAAAGCCCAAUUCUGUUAUGCCAAAAUUGCCAUGGAUUCCAUGCUGAGUUUGAGUGACAUUUUUUUCUGAAACUUAGUCAUUGCUCAAAAUGUUAAGCUGAUACUCCUGGAUAAUUCCAAAGUAACCGAAAAUAAAGUUUUUGAAAGUGAAA